UUUAAUUUUUUAUAAACCCCCUAAUUCGAUACGCCUUCCGAAGACCAUGUCCCUGUGUAAUACCCUGAACGACAGGGUAUCGCCGUGGCGUCCACAAUCCAGUUGCAGCGCGUUCCAUUCCACAAUCCAGUUGCAGUGCGUUCCACAGUUUCCCCACUCACUCGCCUGUUGCCCACCGAAGUCCUGUCCAAGAAAAGUGAGAAGACCAACUUGCGAGAUGCCGAGAAAGCCCUCCUCCAUUCUCCCUCCCUUCUUCGAUCGUCAAUGGUUUCCAGCGGAGCUGAGCAGCCAUUGCUGACAAGUGGUUUUGUUCCGUCAAGUCGAUCUCGUACCUUUGUGCCCUCCAAUCCUUUCUUCCCGAAACAAGCUGUUAGUUCCUGCGCGCCAGAGGUCCCUGUGGAAAAAAGAGAGGAGAAAGGCCAUUCAAGAAUCAGCGGAAGUUUCUUGUUUCUCGAGAGGUUGAUUCUUCUGCGAUCAAUUAGUGUUUUUAUAUGGAGAGUAAUAAUGAUAUUGGUACACCUAGUUGUAACUCUAAUCUUAAGGUUCACAGCUCAAUGUGCAGUCAGUUGACAAUGAUGUUGGAUAAAGUUACUUCUAUUCUUCCAUCAAUAGAAGCUGCUCAACCAGGAUGGAGAGCGGGCAUAGAGGAACUAUGCAACCUAUACAGCACAGUUGACAAAGGGAAACUUAUUAUCCAGAACUGCAUUGAGUGUAGUAGUUUGUAUUUGGCUAUUACAGGAGAAGCAACGGCAAUGCGAUGUGAAAGGAUUAAAAACUCUGUGAGAAGGAGCUUGUUCCUGAUUCAAAAUAUGAUCCCAUCCCUCUUGGCUAAUCAGGUAGUUGAUAUCCACGAUGAUCUCCAAGAUAUGAAAUUCAAUGUUGAUCCAGCAGAAGAGGAAGCUGGCAAAGAGAUAUUGAGGAUGUUUCGUCAGUCGGAUGCAACACUGGAACUUGAACGGCAAACAUUCCUUCUAGCAUGUUCAAAGUUAAAUCUGACAACACCAAAAGAUAUCUUAGUUGAAAGACGCGCAAUAAAGAAAUUACUGAAUAAGAUCAAUGGCAAUGAUCCCAAGAAGGAAGGAAUCCUCAAUUUCUUCAUGUAUCUAGUCAGGACGUACGGAAAGGAAAUCAAGCCUGAGAUAGUUGCAAACAAUGAAAUGGUGAAUACUGCAAGUCGAAUGAUAUGCACAAAUUCAAUUGCUAGUGACAACAGUACCCUUCACAAAUGCAUUCCAGACACGAACUCUAAUACUGGGCGAUAUGAAGAUCAGAAUAAAUUUCCAGGGCUUGAUACACCACCUACAGAACUCUGCUGCCCAAUAUCUAUGAAGCUGAUGUGUGAUCCAGUGAUAAUAGCCUCUGGGCAAACCUACGAAAGAGAAAAUAUAGAGAGAUGGUUCAGUAUGGGAUAUGAUACGUGUCCUAGGACACAAGUGAAGUUACAAAACUUUAUGAUAACUCCAAAUACUUGCAUGCAGGCUGUAAUCUACAACUGGUGCAAAGAUCACAAGCUUGAAUGCACUUAUUUGCCUGAGCUGUUUCAUGAUUACUCCCUACCAAGUUUGCAUGAUAUAUCGGUGCCUCUAAUAGCUGACAGAAACAGAGACUACAUGUUUGAGCAUAGCAAUUCAUCAUUUUCAUUAUAUGGUGCUAGUUACUUAUCAUCCCCAGUGAGGGAAACAGAUGUGUCAAAGGCUAGUUUUACCCACUCUCUAUCCAGUUUGCAGGAUAUCUCAGUGCCGCUAAUUGUUGAAAGAAACACAGAUUACAUGGACGAUCAUAAAAGUUCAUCGUUUGCACCAUCUGGUUCUAGUUACAUAUCAUCCCCUCCAAGGGCGACGGGUGUGUCCAAGACUAGUUUUGCUCAGCUAUAUUCGAAUGCCAAUUGCCAGUUGUAUUUGUCCUUCUGCAACUUUGAUGAGGAAAUGUUUCUAAAUUUCUUUCAUGAGCUCUCUGUGCUUCCCGUGGAACUGCAAAGGAAGGCUAUAGAGGACUUGAAAAAUAUUCUGAAUGGUGAAAAUCAGAUUUGGCAAUAUAUGCUCUCGAAUGGAUUUAUAGAAGCAUUCCUUCAAUUUAUUAAUAACGACAAUGUCGGAUACACAUUGCAAGCUCAGAAAACUGGAAUUCAGUUUUUUCUUACGUUUCUUUGCAGCAGCAGGACCAGAAUUAUAUCUACUCACUGGAGUACUAGUGAAUCAGCACUGCAGUUGAUUGUAUCGCUCCUCGAUUCCGAGUUGAAGCUGGAAGCUUUGCUGAUACUUCACGAACUGCUGCAUCAGCCAAGUUGCCGGGGAUCCCCUCUCAUGGCCUCUGUUGUGGCUCCUCCAGUUAUUGGAGCUUUGGAUACCGGAGACACCGAGUGCCUAGAGCUCGCUCUUCAGAUAAUCUGCGAGCUCUCAUCCAGCAGUGAUAUAAAAUCUCUACUUAUUUCUUCAGACAUAAUCACAAAGCUGUCGACAAUGCUCGGAGAAGUGAGCUUGACAGAGCACUGCCUGAAGAUCUUACGGAACCUAUGCGAUGCGAAACAAGCCGCUGAUCUUAUCAUCCAAUCAGACGAUUGUCUCGGCUUCAUUUCAGAUCAUCUUGACACGGGAAGCCUCGAGGAACAGGAGCAUGCGUCGGUUAUCCUUCAUACAGUGUUAUGUUCCCGCGGCACCGAGGGUGGUGUUCUUGUCACGAGGGAAGGUGUCAUCCCUGCACUUUUUGAUCUUUCGGUGAAUGGGACUGAGGUGGCAAGAGCUUCUUCAACCAGGUUGCUCGGACUCCUGACAGAAUCAGGGGUAGGUCCUGCUGCUGAUGGUGUAAUAGAAAGCUCGCCCAAUGGCUCGAUUUGCAAACAACCGAUAUCCAAGUCAGCUCGGUACAUCCCAAGAAAGCUCAACAUUUUCUCUAGACCUCGAUCACCAUUCGCUACCUCUCGUCUGAAAACUUCGUAAAUUAUGUAACACUGAUAACUGAUAGCUGAUCGAAACUUUCACCUCGCUAUACUAAUAUAGCAACUCUAGUAGACUACUAGUAGUGCCAAGAUGAAAUGCGGGAUGGGAUUAUAUUUUUUACCCACAUGUAUUUCACUAGAGUUUGUAGUGACA